AUUUGGAAUCAAUAAAAUAACUGUAUAUCUACAGUCUAUCAGACGACAAUAUUCGAUUCUAAGCCGGAAAUAUCAGUGAUGCCCUUUGGAUAAAGCAACUCACCAUGAAUACAACGCCGCCCGUCCCAGUUCCCGACCUUGCGUCAACUCCAGCGGACAGCACCAGUGACUUCUACAAUACCCCUUGGCCUACAGGAACGCCGGCUAGGGAUGGAAAAAUUGAGAAUGUGCAGCCCCAAAGCGAGAAUGAUUCUGUCAAGUCACCAAAACCAGCUACGCAAAUACCAGGAUUAAAUCUUGUCAAUGACAAACUCACGGUGCAACAACCAUCAAACAAUGAACCUAUCGCGCCUUCAGAGGCAGCUGGACAGGAUAAUAGCACUGAUUCCAUUCUUGGAAACCAAGAGCACGAGAUCCAUGAAGCAGUUUCAAAUGCCGAACGUACGAUGUACUUGGAGGGCAGCGCGACUGUUCAGCAGACCCAAGGAGAUUUUUCUAAACUGGAUAUCGCCGGUCACUCUGGGGAUGCGAGCAAUAUAGGACCUACAUCUGCACUCGAGGGGUCUCUAGAGACAUCUGAAACAGAGCAGGGAAAACCACAAGCGACAGGCCUCUCAACUGUGGAUGCGAUGGAAACUGAGCCGACAAUCAUUCAACGGGUUCGAGAAGAAGCUAAUGGACAACAGCCAGAUGGAUCUGCGAACAAUGCGAAUACGAAAGAAACUAGCGAGACUGGGGAAGGGGGCGACCACCCGGAAUGGGAGAUUGAUUCUUCCCCGUACGAGUCCUCUUCUGACGAUUCCUCGACGGAUUCCUCCGAUGACAGUGACGAGGACGAUGAAGACUAUCCGAUUCUCAGUCCCGAAGAGCAAGCACGUAUUUUAAUGCAAGCAGAACUAGGCUCUGAUGACGAAGGCGAGGGGAAGGGCAAGACAGGGCACGUGAAAACCACGAAUGAAUUACCGGAGGAGGUUUUGCCAAUUCCGGACAUCACGGUUACUCCUGAUAUGAAUAUCACGUUGCUAGGAACUGUGUCUGCGGUUGUGGAAAACGCUGUCCUCAUUGAAGCCAACAUCUCAGGCGAGUAUCAAGUCCUCGAGUCCGGCUCGCUACUUUGUUUCGAGGAUCGGAGUAUUGCGGGCGUGGUCUCUGAGACGCUUGGCCGGGUAGAGCAGCCGCUGUAUACUGUGCUGUAUUCGACUCCUGUCGAAAUUGAGGAAAGGGGCGUUUCCAAAGGGAAAGUCAUAUACUACGUUGACUGUCACUCGACGUUUGUUUUCACCCAGCCCCUCAAGGGCAUUAAAGGUAGCGACGCGUCAAAUCUCCAUGAUGAAGAAAUUGGAGAAGAUGAGGUUGAAUUCUCGGAUGAUGAGGCUGAAGCCGAGUACAAGCGGAAAAUGAAACAAAAGCGACAGGAGAAGAAAGAGGCUAAAUAUGGCCGGGGUGGCGCACAGAAAACUCGAAGGGGGGCACCCGGCCCUUCGAAACUGAGCCAGACUGAGCUCAACUAUGAUGAUGGUGCUGCGAACGAAGAUGGCUACACCCCGCUUGCUCGUCCGAGAAAUUUACAUGAAUUAAUGGGCCACCAGGAAGCCCCGGUCGAGGGUUCUCAAUAUUCGGGUCGGGGGAAUUUCCGCGGCGACAGAGGUCGAGGCAGAGGAUCUGAUCGUUCCCGAGGGAAUCGUGGCAGGGGAGGAAGAGGAGAAUCCUGGCAGUCUCGCGAGGAUAGCCACUCACAUCAACAGAACCAGCAGCCACCUGUUGAUUCUCUUCCUCGGCGUCCCACUUACGGUCAGCCUACCUACCCGCCGAAUAUGCAGCCUGCCUACAGUGCUUCUCAACAAUCUCCAUCUUACCAGCCGCAGCCGUAUAUGCUCGGCUCCGUCCCAGCUCAAUUCCCUUUUCAAUUUCCAUAUCCACAAGCAUAUCAACAGCCGAACCUUUACCAGCAGUUUCCUGCGGGCGCACAUGUCAAUCCGGCUUUCUUGGCUGCAUUGCAGCAGCAGCAGCUACAACAGCAACAACAGUAUCAACAACAGGCACAGCAAACACAGAAUCCAGCGUCAGGUUUUGAUCAGGUCAAAGCCCAGUUGGAUCUUUUGCGACAACUGAGCGGUGGCGGUAAUCAAGGGCCCCGGCCGACAUGAUUUUUUGGGGCUAUGUGCACUGAGGCAUUUUACGGUGGAUAGAUAUGUGCUUGUUCUUUCCCAUUUUAUCAACCCACAUCUUUGCAUACUUGGCGUAGGGAAUUUUGGUGGAUGAGGCUCGGAAAUGAGAGCCUUUCUGUUUGUGUUUUUGAUUCUUUCAUAUUUGGUCCAGUCUGGGGUAAAGAGAUAUAGCACCAUCCUGUGAAUCAUAUUCAUCGACAUUGAUCUAUCAUCGUUGUCGUGAUGUCUAUCACCAUGCUCUGUAGUGAUUAGGGGAGACACUCCAUUGUUAUCUCGAUUUCCAUGCUUGUCCAAUAAAAAAAACCCCCUACAUAUAGAGGUAGCAUGUGUAAAUAGGAAAUAAUCUGUCG